AUAUAUAUAAAUUUUGUAUUAUAUCAAGGUUCGUAUCAAUGAGGAUGGACCUUCUCAAUUAAAGUUGCCCAAAAUAUCAAAACCAAAACCAAAUGAAAGAGGAAAAGAAAACUUUUCCCCAGCUGAUUUAAAUUUUCAUCCAACCAUCCAUUCCUCUCAAUUUCUCCUAAUACCUAACAUGUACCUUUCAGCCACAAACUAUUUCCUAUCCUCUUCAAUCUUCCAUCACGCAUAGCCAAACCAGUUUUACCUUCACAACCAUAAUCUUAAAAAACCAAAAUCCACGAUGGGAACCAAUUCUGUAGAAGGAGAAGCCAAUCACAUAGUGAGUAUCUGGGAGAUCAACAAGGAUUACCUAGAUUCGAUGCACGAGAAGAUCAGCCAAACCCCAAAGUUACUAAGCAAAGCCGCAGGUAAAAGAGCAUGUUGCAUUUUCAGAGUUCCCAAGAGCCUAAUGGACAUCAACGGCAAGUCGUAUCAACCCCAAAUCGUUUCCAUCGGCCCCUAUCAUUGUGGUGAGUCUCACCUACAAAUGAUCGAGGAGCACAAGUGGAGGUACCUAGGUUCUUUGCUCUCUAGGAACAAAACUAUAGGUUUAACCUUGGAGGACUACUUGAAAAGCAUACAACCACUUGAAAAAGAAGCUAGAGAGUGUUAUUCAGAGACCAUACACCUUAGCCCUGAUGAGUUCCUUGAAAUGAUGGUUGUUGAUGGUUGUUUUUUAUUAGAGUUGUUUCGAAAGGUUAACAAUCCGAAACUGUUUGAGCCUGAUGACCCUAUCGUCACCAUGGCUUGGAUAAUACCUUUUUUCUAUAGAGACUUUCUUCGACUGGAAAAUCAGAUUCCAUUUUUUGUUUUGGAACGUUUAUUUGAGAUUACAAAAAUGCCUAACGAGGAGUCUGGUCCAUCUUUGUCCUUGCUUGCUUUGCGAUUCUUUAACAACAUAAUUCAGAGACGCGAAGAUAUCAUAGAGAGUCACAAAGAUCUCAAGGGCUUGCAUUUGCUUGACUUGGUACGCUCAAGUUUUAUCCCACCCCAUCAAGAAUUGCCAAAGAGGGGCAACAUACCAACACAUAUCAUCCACUGUGUCUCGAAGCUACGUCAUUCGGGGAUUUGUCUCAAUCCAGGCAAAGAAGACAGCUUCUUGGUUGUGAAAUUCCAUCAUGGUGUGAUCGAGAUGCCUACUAUAACCAUCGACGAUUUCAUGACACCUUUCUUGGUAAACUGUGUGGCAUUCGAGCAAUGUCACAGUAGUUCCUCUAAGCACCUUACUACUUACGCUACAUUUUUGGAUAGCCUUGUCAACACAGCUAAGGACGUGGAGUACCUUAGUGAUUGCAACAUAAUCGAGAAUUUCUUUGGGACCGAGGCCGAGGUUGCUCGGUUCAUCAACAAUUUGGGUAAGGAUGUGGCGUUUGAUAUUGAUUUGUGUUAUUUGUCGAAGUUGUUCAAUGAUGUUCACGACCAUUAUCAGAAUAGUUGGCAUGUACAGUGGGCAGGCUUCAAGUAUAGGUAUUUUGACACCCCUUGGUCGUUUAUUUCUGCAUUGGCUGCCUUUGUGCUCUUGCUCCUUACAGUUACACAGACUUUUUACACGGUCUUAGCUUAUGUGAAUCCUCCUAAGAAAUAAUAAUGAGCCUCCUAUUCUCUCCACACAUUGAUUAAACCAUGUUUAAUUAUAGUCGAUCAUGAUCAUACAUUUAAGAGGAUCAUGGAUUUGUAAUUGUGUGAAAUUUUUUGUAAUUUGUUGUGUCACUUUUGAGUUCUUGUAAUAGACCCAUCUUGCCUCAAGGGUUAGCUCUGUGCUUGCGAGGCCAACAUGAAGUGAGAAUGUGAGACAGAUCGUAGACAAAAUGCUAA